AUGUGCGACCAGAUACACAAGUGGAAUGUUGUCCACAAAUUGGAGAAGCGCAAGCUUCUCAUUGGCAUCAACAGUGUUGCGGCGCUGUCGAUUCUUUUCUUCGGAUAUGACCAGGGCAUGAUGGCAGGAGUCAACAAUUCGAAAGACUACAUCGACCUCAUGGGAUUCGGUUACACCGAGAUGAAGGACGGCUACCUCACCCCAGUUGUCACGGACAGUCUGCUGCAAGGCGGAAUCGUGUCGGUCUAUUAUCUGGGGACAUUGUUCGGCGCACUCCUUGGUGGCUGGACAGGAGAUCGUAUUGGCCGGAUCAAGACGAUUGCGGCAGGCGCUCUCUGGGCUAUUCUUGGUGCUGCGUUGCAGUGUUCCGCACAAAACCAUAAUUGGAUGAUUUGCUCGCGCUUCAUCAAUGGCAUUGGCACUGGUAUUCUGAACGCAAUUGUCCCGGUCUGGGCGACGGAGACUGCCGAGCAUACAUCCCGAGGACAAUUCAUUGCAAUCGAGUUUACUCUGAAUAUCUUCGGUGUCGUCCUAGCUUAUUGGCUGGAAUUUGGACUGUCUUUCAUCGAUGGUGGAAGGUCUCCGUUCCGCUGGCGAUUCCCGAUCGCGUUCCAGAUUAUCUUUUUACUCUUACUGUUUGUCGUUGUUUGGUUUUUCCCAGAGUCCCCACGGUGGUUAGUCAAGGUCGGUCGCGAGCAAGAAGCGCGCUACAUUCUUGGUCGGCUCCGUGGAAGCAGUGAUGAAGACGCCGUUCGCGCCGAGGCCGAGUUCCUCGACAUCCAAAACGUCGCAGAGAUGGAAAAGAGCAUGAACCAUAGCACCUCUUACUUGGCGAUGCUCUUCGGCUAUAAAACCGGCAAGCUGCAUCUCGGUCGACGUGUGCAACUGGUGGUCUGGCUGCAGAUCAUGCAGGAAUGGGUCGGCAUUGCUGGUGUCACCGUUUACGCGCCAACUAUCUUUAGCAUUGCUGGAUUCGACUCGAUGAAGAGCCAGUGGAUCAGCGGUUUGAAUAAUGUCUUCUAUAUGUUCGCGACCCUUAUCUGUGUAUUCACACUCGAUCGGAUUGGUCGUAGGUGGACAUUGUAUUGGGGAUCCACCGCGCAGGGUAUCGCUAUGUUCCUAGCCGGAGGCUUCUCCCGGCUUGCCAUUGAUGCGCGGGCCGAUGGCAAUCUCUCUCGGGCUAACUCGUUUGGCGCUGCCGCUGCGUCGAUGGUCUUCAUUUUCACUUCUGUCUUCGGAGCUACGUGGUUGACGGUACCAUGGAUUUAUCCUGCUGAGAUCUAUCCAUUGGCGGUCCGCGCAAAAGGAAACGCCUGGGGUGUUGUGGGAUGGAGUAUUGGAAACGGUUGGCUGACUCUAUUGUGUCCGGUGAUGUUCGAGGCCAUCGGCGAAAAGACGCUGUAUGUAUUCGCAGCCAGCAACGUCAUCACCAUCCCAAUGGUAUGGGCUCUUUAUCCAGAGAGUAACCAGCGGACGUUGGAGGACAUGGACUUGCUAUUUGCUGCCGACACGCCGUGGGUGUGGGAUGCCGAGCGGACGUUCGCCCGUCUUAAGGCGGAAAACCCGGGGUAUAUUGAAACGGCCAACCGCAAGAACAGCGCAGUGGAUCCGGAGAUGGGUAAGCCGACGGAUGCGCAGGAGGAGAAUGUUUCGAGUGCCCUUCCAACCUUUCAACCACAAAACAAUACCAUAAAACAACACAAAGAACAACAACAAUCAACCCCAAGAACAAUAAUGGCCACCACCAAACCAGCACCACCCCCAAACACACUCACCCUAACUAAAACCACAAAUACAUCACCAUCUCCACCACCAUCCUCAACCCAGUACCCAACACAAACCCCAAAUCCAACCAUGCUCAAACAAAUCCACCGCAUCAAAUCCCACCCAACCCUAACCCCCCACCGCCGGCGCGUCUACCUCGCCCUCCUCUCCAUCCCCGCCGGCCGCUGGACGACCUACUCCGCGCUGGCCACGCAUCUGCACUCCAGCGCGCGCGCCAUCGGCACCGCCAUGCGGACGAACCCGUUCGCGCCGGACGUGCCCUGCCACCGGGUGCUCAGCGCCGACGGCGGGCUCGGCGGGUACAUGGGCGCAGGACCGGCAAGCGGACAUGCGAAUCUGGAGAGGAAGCGUGCGAUGCUCGAAGAGGAGGGGGUGGGGUUUGAGUGGGUUGCUGCUGGCUCGUCGAAAGCUCGAACGAAGGGUGGGGACGGACGGUGGAGAGCGAAGGGGGAGUGUUUUGUGAAUUUUCCUUCCUCUUGA